UUUCCCACGUUCCAAAGUCAGAGCAGUCUUUCGUGUAUUCUUGAGCGCGUGUACUGAGUUGUUCAGAUUAGGUAACGAAUAUUACGUGAUGUGACAUUUCUAUGAUCACAAACAACUCAAAAAUGUAUUUGCAAAGUUUUUUCACCUCGUGCUUCUGGACUUUAUUAACAAUUACAGUGGUUACGGCUAGGAUCCAUAAACUUGAAAUACGGAAAGACACUAGGCGAUAUAUUUCUCUCAGUACUUUUGGUUUUUAUAAGGAUGGUAUUCUUAACGUCAGUCUUACGAAUUUCAAAGCCGAUCCUUCCGACAAAAAUGCAGUGUUUGGAUUCAGUUUGGACCGGACACUCAGCGACGCAGUGAAUCCUUAUUUAGAUAGUCAUCAAGAAAGAUGCGUGCUUCAAAACUUGUCCAAUCCCAAAACAGAGCUGGAGAAGAAGGAUAAUAGUAGUGUCAUAUACUUUAUAAUGGAUUUGAAUAAUUUGUUAUUAAAGAUAAACUGCAGUCGCAACAUACAUACCGUUCAUAUAUAUAAAGACUCCAGUUUAAUACCAAAUUUCAGGAUAAAAAGAAAUUCAUUGCCAACAAAAUUUAGUGAUACAGCUCUAUUUCCUAGAAGGAAACGUAACACAUCUAUGCACGAAAACCCGUUAGAAAAAUCCGUUAAAAAAGAGGAGACUGAUCUCAAACCAGAAUUAAAUAGUUGUGAUCAUUUAAUACAAACACCGCUACCGAUGACUAUGGGAAAUAUAAAGGGCAAAAUAUAUUAUAACACAAGCUUCGCCAUGUACGUAGGUAGUAAAGAAGAAGAAGGUCUUUACAAUCUUUAUUUUCAUAAUUGUCCUAAUUAUAAGGGUAAUACUCAAGUUGCCUUAGAUUUUACGAUACAAAUAGCUGAAAUCAAUCGUGGAAAUUUUCUUAGUGCCGGAGAAAUGCCUCUACCAGCUUUGUACUUUAUGAUGGCUUUCUUAUUUCUCUUUUCUGGCUGCUUCUGGGUCUUCAUACUUAAGAAGAGCAAGCAUCCCGUCUUUAAAAUUCAUUACUUAAUGACAGUACUGGUAUUUCUGAAGUCUUUAUCUUUACUAUUCCACGGCAUCAAUUAUCAUUUUAUACAAACAAAAGGUGAACACGUAGCAGCAUGGGCAAUAUUGUAUUAUAUCACGCACCUGUUAAAGGGUGCUGUACUAUUCAUUACUAUCGUCCUUGUUGGCACAGGAUGGACAUUUAUUAAGCAUAUUUUAGCGGACAAAGAUAAAAAGCUUUUCAUGAUCGUCAUUCCAUUACAGGUAUUAGCCAAUGUUGCGGAAAUAAUAAUAGAAGAAGGCGAAGAAGGCGAUAUAGAGAAUAAAACCUGGCGCGACGUUUUUAUUCUCGUGGAUUUGCUUUGUUGCGGUGCUAUUUCAUUCCCGAUAGUAUGGAGUAUCAGACAUUUACAAGAAGCUGCUCACACGGACGGCAAAGCGGCUGUGAAUUUACGGAAACUUAAACUUUUUCGACAUUUUUAUAUCAUGAUACUUGGUUAUAUAUAUUUUACCAGAUUUAUAGCGUACUUGCUUAAGAGUACGGUACCCUUCCAAUACGAAUGGUUGCAUGAAAUGUCUCGUGAGAUGGCAACGUACGUUUUCUUCGUUUUAACGGGCUAUAAGUUUCGACCAGCUUCGGCGAAUCCUUACUUUACAUUAACAACUGAUGAAGUUGAUCAAGGUGACGAUGACGAUGAAAUGGACAUCGUCCUCUUUUCUAGCGUUAGCGGUGGCAGCGGACUUACCGAGAAUCUCAGUAAAGUUAGCAAAGUCUCCAAAGUGGUAAGGCCAACGACCUCGGAGGUUCCGUCUACUCAAGAAGAAAGAGACAGUCUUUUUAACAAAAAAGAUACUACUCACGAAUAUGACUGAACACAAAAACUAUACGUAAUAGGUCCAUUUUGGUAAUAUGCUCCAAGUGUAUAACGUACGUGUAUUUUGUGAAAUCUCAGUAUGCUUUCUUGCGAGUAAGAUGAACGUACUUUGCAAGAAACAGAGAGAGAAAGAGAGAGAGAGAGAGAGUGAGAGAGAGUGCGAGAGAGAGUGAGAGUGUAUGUGUGUGUAUGUAAAGCAAGAAAUAGUUUUAAAGUAGUUAACUCGAAACUUUCUGUAUAUUUCCUAUUUUAUAGGAUAAUUCGCGCAACUGUAACUCAUAUGUGUUUUUUAAUUGAAGCUAGGUAGAAAUAUUAGAGGAAAAAGGUGGAUGCUUUAAGGUGGAUUACAUAUUCACGAUCAUAUUUGCAUUAAUUCAUGCACAGUUUAGAGUUGCAGUCUUUUUAAAUGGAAACCUUCGUGAUUUUUACAUACAUGGAAUAUUCUCGCGAUUCUACAUAAAAAAAGUAUCAGGGAAACAUGAGAAAUGAAACAUGGAACAUGAAAAAUCGAGAAAUGAUUAUAUCACGAGGUAUUUAGAAAAAAUAUCUUUUCCUACUAAUAUUUUUAUUUAACUCCAACCAAAAAGAAAAGGUAUGGAUUGUUACAAAUGCGCGAAUCAUUCUGUAUAUACGAUCGUUUCGUAUUCCUUAGAGAGUAAAAUAAUAAGAGCAAUGCGCUGCGCGCCGCAGUGGUAGUUUAAAAAGCAAUCGUACAACUUUGUAUUAUUAUUACUAUUAAUAUUAUCAUUAACAUCAUCUUCAUCAUUAUUAUCAUCAUCAUUCUGUACUUAACGACGAAAUAUUCGAUUAUUGUAAAGUUCGAUCGAAGCAUGCAUUAUCGUACAGAGAUCGUAACUUAAUAAGUAUGUAUAAUGUACUUUAUAUUUUAUACGUCGAAAUAUUUUCCAUCGCGUAGUACGUCCUAUUUUCCUUCCUCGUAUUUUAUGAAAUUCUACAUGCAUAGUUCGGCAUUCGUUACGUUUCGGCAACGUUUUUAACGUGCUUAAGAUUAUUACGACCAAAUCCGUAAGAGGACUUUAGAUAACUCGUGUGAUACGACUACGUCCAUUCAAUGAUGAUGAUUUUUCACUACUUUUUGUUUUUUUUUCUAGGAUUUUGUAAAUAGGAACGGAAAAGAAGAUUAGUUCGUGAAACCAGCAAGGAUCAGUUCAUAUUCACAGUUUCACAAUUUGAUAAUACAAUUUUGUGAAAUUUUCUCUAAGCAUUUAGAUAAUUAUUUCGAUUAUUUUCUUUUCGCGUCACGCUUAAAAAUUCUUUAAAUGCCCCUGCAGGACGCUUAGGUAUGUUGUGAUAGGCGGUCCACGCCCGUGUCCAUAUUCGUCAUUUAUCUAUCACAAUCGAAUUUUUUUCUAUUCGCACUUUGUAAUCCUUCUAGUAAAAACAAAUAAUUGUUAUGGAUACCAAGAAAUAAUUGGAAACUCUAAAUAUUUCCUGUCGACGAAUUUAUUAUAAUACGUUAUUGCGAAUAAUAAUAUUAUUAUUAUUAUACUACUAUUAUUUGUGCAAUAUAUGUAUCGUAUAUUAGUUUGGACAUUUGUUAUAGCUAAUGCACUAUGUUAACAUGUAAUAAGCAGAAAACGACGGAAAACAUAUUGAAAAAAUAAAAUGGAUAUUUUUA